AUGUCCGAUUCCGAUUCCUCCCUUCUCUCCCCCUCCAAUCUCCCCUCCAGCAUGGACCAAGAGUUCUUCGAAGAAAACCGCUGGCAAAAGCUCUGGCGCAAGUUACGUCAAGAGCCCUUGAUUCCCAUCGGCUGCGCCGCGACCUGCUAUGCCCUAUACAUGGCGUCCAAAUCCAUCCGCGCCGGCGACCAUCACCAGACCAACCGGAUGUUCCGUGCGCGUAUCUACGCUCAGGGCUUCACGCUCGUAGCACUCGUUGCGGGCAGUGUAUUUUACAAGGACGAGCGGCUGAGGCGGAAGGCCUUCGAGGAGAAGUUGGAGGAAAAGAAGACGGCCGAGAAACGUGAGAAGUGGUUGAAGGAAUUGGAGGCGAGAGACGAGGAGGAUAGAUUGUGGAGGGAGAAGGUGGAGAAGGAAACGAAGGCGGCAAUGGAUCAGGCCAGGGACGUGAAAGAGAAGGCCGAGAAGAUGGCGCGAGGCGGGAAGGAGAGUGUGAGUCAGGCGGUACAGCAGGCUGUGAGCGAGGGCGAGGGGAAGAAUAAUCAGAGCUCCUCGUGGCAGUUCUGGAAUAAAAGUGUUAAGGAGGAAGUUAUCAGUAUUGGAUGGGGACCAGGAAUGUGGGGGAAAAGAACGAAGGAUGCCUGGAAAAGGUUCUGA